AUGGAAAGUCUGGAGAGGUUGUGGUUGAAAAUAAAGUGGGUUUUGAUUCGUUCGAAAAGACCUUUUAACCUUGAAGACAUCAGUGCAUUUAUAUCGUGGUUACUGACGGGGAAUAUCGUGUUGUUUCUAAUUGGAACAACUACAUUUUUCUCAUUGGUUUUGAUGACAGUAAAUAAGUUGACCGACAGGGAUGUUGUUGCCGAAUGGUUGGGAAAGUUGAUAACCAAAAACACAAACCUAACGGUCUCUUUUGAAAAUGCCAUUGUGCCCGACUGGAACUACGGAACCAUUCAGUUGAAGAAUUGUGUUGUAAGUAGACGACCAAAAGUAGUCAAAGUUAUUGAACGAGUCGAGAAAAGUAUUGACGGGAAAAUUUUGAGCUCCACCUUUGAAGAGGCUCUUGACGACGGAAACUACACGCAGUUUGAUUUAACUAUAGGCGAGAUCAAUGUCUCAUUGAGCUUCUGGAGGUGGAUUAGCGGGAAGGGGUUUAUCGAUACUGCAUCAUUCAAAUGUAUACGAGGGAUAGUUGACCGGACCCAUGUUGUGUGGAAAAAAAAUGACGAUCCUAGAAACUACAAGAAUUUCUAUAAACCUGGGGAUUGGGAGAUUGAAAACUUCAAGAUUGAGGAUGUUUUACUCACUAUAUAUCACCCAAAUGGGUUCAGACCAUGCCAACUCUCCAUUUACAACGCUGAUUUGGACAUUUUCAGGAAAAACUGGUUAAUGUUGGACGUGAUGACAUGCAAUCACUUGAGCGGAUGCUAUGACGGAUCGUUGUUCACGGUGAACAAGAUUUCCAACUUCGACACGUUCAAGGAGGAGAGUAAGAUCGAUACGUUGGUGAACAAAAAAUUGGGCCGGAAGCAGUUUUCGGAAAUACCGUUCAGCAGCAACAGUUUCCAAAAAAUUACUAGGUUCAGAAUCGAUAACUUGAAAAUCGAGCACUUGAACAAGGGGAUGUCUGGUCCAUUCGGAUGGAUCAAUAACGGUACGGUUGAUAUAAUUGCAGAUAUCAUGGUCUUGGAGGAGAACAUUUCCCUAAACGAUAUUUUGUUAGCAGAAGGGAAGGAGCACCUGGGCAUGAACAAGAACACGAACGAGGAGAAAAUGAUCAACUUGAACAACCUGUUCAUUUGCGAUUUCUACCUCCGACUGAAAAACCCAAAGGCGCAGGUCCCGCUCUUCACCAACGACCUUUCCUACAUCAACAACGCUGCCAUCCGCCCCAUUGUCGGGUACAUCAACAACAAUAAGACGUUCAUUCCUAUCCGAGGACGUAUCUACAAGGACCUCACGGACUUCGACGGCUCGUGGACGUUCUACGACUCUCUUUUCAUGGACGACCUCUCCGAGGGCGUGUACAAGAGCUUCUACGAGUACGUUGCCGACGAGAAGCUCAGAAACGAGAGGUUGCGCAAAGUCGGCUUCUGGUCUUUGCAGUUCAUGCUCCAGUUCAUUCUCUGGAGCGUGACCACACUAAACGGAUGA